UUAGCUUGAGGUUACAAGAAAUGGGCGAUCGAGGAGGUUUCCGAGGUGGAUUCGGAGGUGCUGGAGGUGGACGUGGCGGACGCGGUGGAGCUGGUGGAGACCGCGGUGGCCGAGGCGGACGUGGAGGUCGUGGUGGUCGCGGUGGCCGAGGAGGACGUGGUGGACGCGGAGGAGAAAAAGAAUCUGAAUGGGUGCCAGUGACUAAACUUGGUCGCCUUGUCAAGGAUGGAAAGAUCACAACACUCGAGGAGAUCUACUUGAACUCCCUCCCCAUCAAGGAGUACGAAAUCAUCGACACUCUGUGCUCCAAGCUUACAGAUGAAGUGCUUAAGAUCACCCCUGUACAGAAACAGACAACUGCCGGUCAGCGUACCCGAUUCAAGGCAUUCGUCGCUAUCGGAGAUCACAAUGGUCAUGUUGGACUUGGAGUGAAGUGCUCCAAAGAAGUAGCCACCGCCAUCCGUGGAGCCAUCAUCGCCGCCAAACUCGCCGUCAUCCCUGUUCGACGUGGUUACUGGGGUAACAAGAUCGGUCUGCCCCAUACCGUUCCCUGUAAAGUUACUGGAAAAUGCGCUUCUGUCAUGGUGCGACUUGUCCCUGCUCCCCGUGGUACGGGCAUUGUGUCAGCUCCCGUUCCCAAGAAGCUUUUACAAAUGGCUGGAAUCCAAGACUGUUACACAUCGGCCACCGGAUCUACCGCCACCCUUGGUAACUUCGCUAAAGCCACCUAUGCGGCGCUGCAGCGAACUUACUCCUAUCUUACGCCCGACCUCUGGAAGGAAGAAGCUCUGGACAAGACACCCUACCAGAGAUACCAUGACUUCCUUGCACGCAAUUAAUUCUUGUAUUG